GCUCAGCCCACCCGGAAGCAGGUUCGCCCCGCCCCACGUGGGCCCCGCCUCUGGGCAGUCCCACCCGAAGCCUUCCCGGGCUAUCCUCGGUUCCGGGAGCGCGUUCCCCAUGGCUCCUUACGAGGAGGUGAGUGUGUCCGGCUUCGAGGACUUCAGCCGGGCUGUGGAGCAGCACAAAGGCAAGACCAUUUUCGCCUACUUUACCGGUUCUAAGGACGCCGAAGGGAAAAGCUGGUGCCCCGACUGCGUGCAGGCUGAACCAGUCGUACGAGAGGGGCUGAAGCAUAUUUGUGAAGAAUGUGUGUUCAUCUACUGCCAAGUAGGAGAAAAACCUUAUUGGAAAGAUCCAAAUAAUGAUUUCAGAACAAACUUGAAAAUAACUGCAGUGCCUACACUCCUUAAAUAUGGAACACCUCAAAAACUGGUAGAAUCUGAAUGUCUUCAGGCCAACCUCGUGGAGAUGUUGUUCUCUGAAGAUUAAGAUUUGAUUAUGACAAUUGUGUCUUGAUUUCCUGAUUUAUUCUAGUAUAAAAGAAAUUGCAUGCUUGCUUUGAAUUCAUGUUAGGCCUAAAUAAAUAAGCGAUGAUUUUAAAAAAAUGGUAUGUCUAAACAAUAGAGUGCUAUAAAAAUGCUCAUGAAA